AUGAUAUCCGCUGCCACCAAAUCAGACCUUACAACAUUGACUUUGUUUUUCAGGAUCAACAAAACUAUAAAGGAGUCCAGUAGUUUUACCCACGGAUGUGGAUUUACAUUUGAAGACGGAGCGGAGACUAUAAAGUCUGGAAUUCCUUCUAUUGCUGAAGGAUCUGUGGGUGUAAAACUGAACACGAGCACCACCCACCAAUGGAACUUAACGAAGACCAAUGAAACUGAGGCUUCCUUUCAACUGAGCAAAAAUGUAGCGGUUGGGGCCGGUAAAGCCAUUCGGAUGGUGGCCUCAGUGUUAAAAGCUCAACUAUCCGUCCCUUACAAGGCCAAGGCCCGGACCGUGUUUGGUGCUGAGGUUGAAGUUACUGGAACGUGGGUUGGGGUCUCACAUUACAACCUGACGGUUACCCAGGAGAAUUAUGGGAAUCUUUUGCUGGCCGUCUCUACAGAUGGUACCAUAAAAGUCGGCCUGCCACCAGCAGAUUACAGUGACAGCUUUUAUGAUAGGGCUGCGGUUUUAGGAAAACUGGAAAAGGCCAGCCAUGUUAUCUGCAGUCCAGAAGGGGAACUGUUCUGUGUCCGUGAUGGAGAUCUCUACAGGGGGCCUUUGCCAUCAAAGAUUGACCUUGACUGGUUUUCUAUUGCCAGAAGAGUUGGGAAAGGUGAAUGGAGGAAAGUUAAAAUUCUAUUCUUUCACCAAAAUGGAGAAAUGUUCUGUGUAACAAAUAACGGAGAGUUCUACAAAGGUCCACAACCGGACAAUGAAAAUGUAUCUUGGAUGUAUGGCCAAGCCACAAAGAUUGGGAUCAAUGGUUGGGAGCAGUGCGAAGCCUUAUGCUUUCAUCCAGAUGGUUCCCUGUACAUAGUGAACAAAGAAGAUAGAAUUGUGACAGGAAAACCCCCAACAACCUCACAAGAAUACUGGGAUUGGCUGAAGUCUGCUACAGUGGCUGGAGGGUGCAACUGGUUUAAAUUGACCCAUUUUAUGGCAUUUGAUUCUGAUGGUAAACUGUGGACUGUCAAUAAGAAUAAUGGAAAUUUUUACAGAGGGUACAUACCCAGUGAUGGCCGUUAUAUAGACAACGCUGAGAAAUUGGGAUACAGCUACCAUAUUUUUCGUUUCCUCUCUUUCACAAAAGACAAGACAAUCAGCAGCAUUAUACGCUUACAGUUCCUGCCUGAACAAGGGCAAAGAGAUUCUCAGAGUGCGGAAGUGAUAGCUGUCCAAAACUUUGAUAACAAACAUAGCUUGGUGCCACUGAAACACAACUUCACAUUUGAAAAAACAAUAAAGGUUUCCAGCUCCUUCUCCCAUCAACAUGGAUUUACAUUUGCAAUUGGUGGUUCUAUGAAAUUCACAGCUGGGAUACCAGGUAUUGCUCAGAAUGAGAUUGGAGUGACAAUAGAUGUGAGCACAACCCACGAGUGGAACUUCACAGACACGAAUGAGACCGAGGUAAAAUUUUCAUCAAGCUCUCCUGUUGAGGUCCCUCCUGGUAAAGCCAUACGAAUGGAGGCUUCAGUGACUAAAGUAAAUCUGUCUGUGCCGUACCGGGCUAAAGUCAAGACACUCUUCGGCUUUGAGGCAGAAAUUGAAGGCAUGUGGCAUGGUGUUACACUAUAUGAUUUGAUGGUUACACAAAAGGACUUUUAA